AAUGGCGGACUGCAGAAAAUUCAUCAAAAUCCUCCUCCUUUGGAUUGUCUUCAUGUCAUUUUUCACUGAGAAUACAGCGUUUUGGGAUCGCCGGCGGCGACGACGGCGUAGUCCACCACCACCACCACCUCCAGAUACCACGAGACCAAGUUUCACCUACUGCCCUGGGAAUCUUGGAAAUCAGUACACAACAACAGCGUCUAAGGCAGUGUCUUGGAGUACACCAAGGGCUACGGACAAUAGUGGAUCUGUUACAGUUUCAAUCGUCAUUGGAUUUAACGUUGAAUCUAAUGUGAUCGUGGGCGAAGGUCAGGAUGACUAUGAUGCAGCCUAG